AUGUCUCCGGUCGGUGCACAGAACCGCGGCGGCGAGCGUGGGACGGAUACGUUGCCGGAAGUCUACGAGCAACCCGGCCUGGAAGCCGUUCCGCACGAGCAAGACUGGUCCGGUCUUGAGGUCGUCAGCGACCACCGCCACCAAGAUGGCAACAAGGAGGUGAUAUACCGGAACAACGAGGAUGAAAAGAUACCCGUGGUGGCCAGCGAAGCCGAGUUCGACCCCGCCGCACAGAAGUCGCCGCCCGCGUCGGCGGCAGCGCGGAGAAUGAGGAAAUCAUGGCUCAUGGUCGGGGCCGGUGCUUUGCUGCUCAUCGUGGCGGCCGUCGUGGGGGGCGUGGUGGGGAGCAAGAUGGCGGCGGGGGGAGCGGGACGCAAGGACUCCCCAGAGGCGCAGCCGACCCCGACGCCGACGUCGACCGCCAACGUGACCGUCGCGAACGCGCGGGAGAUACGCCGGGGCUCGUCGCUCGCGGCAUCGGGGUGGUGGAAGAACACCGGCUCGGAGAUCUUCCUCUUCUACCAGGGCGACGACAACAAGAUCCGGCGAUCGGUCGUCGACUCCACGGCCAACAACACCUCGUGGCAAGGACCGGAGGAGCUCGACUCGUUCGCCACGGAGAACUCUCGCCUUGCGGGAUCUACAAUCGUCUAUGACACCGGAUAUGUGCCGCAACCGGAACUCUUCUAUACCAACGCCCAGAUGCAGGUGCUCGGCAUCAGCAUGAACGACCUGUACACCCCGACGGCCCAGGAGGACAGCAUCAAGACCAUCGGCCUCAGGACCAUCGCCGACAGCAGCGUCGCCUCGUACUGGCCGUGGUCCGUCCACCAGGCCGCCGACGGCUACAUCGUCGAGGUGCGCAACCGGCUGAUCGGGGGCGACUUCCACCCCGCGGCCGAGUGGGAUGCCAAGAGGCUCCGCGUCCAGGCGGUCAACGCCAGCCGGCUGGCCCUGGUGCCGACCUCGACCAGCUUCAACAGGAUCGCCAUCCAGGGGGGCUACGGGAUCUUCUACCAGGCGGCGAACUCCAGCCUGGUCGCGCUGAUCCCCGACCUUGCGAACAACGUGCCCGCCGACUAUGUGACGUCGUGGCCGACGGACUUCCCCUCCAUCACGCUCCCCGAACACGGCACUUUCGCCGCCUUCUCGGUGGCCCGGCCGUCGGACUCGCUCCAGAGGGUGGACACGUACGUCCUGUACCUCGACGCCUCGUCCGACAUCAACGUGGUGUACACGGACUCGUCCGCCUCUUCCUCGCCCUCCUGGAAGACGGCGCAGCCCGACGCCCUGAAGGGGGCCGACGCGGACACGGACAUCGCGUGCGUCACGAUGGCGACCUCGGCCUACGACUCGUCCCGGGAGGCGGUGCCGCUCAGGGCGGCGGCGAGCAUGGUGAGGUGCUAUUUCCAGCGCGAGGGGCUGGUUAGGGAAGUGACGUUGAGCGGAAACCAGUGGGUUGACAUCGGAAGCGUGCCGAUAUCCUGA